AUGGCAACAAACAACACUGAUGCUUCAACAUCUUCAGCUACCGCCAACACUAUAGCUCCGCUGCAAUUAACGAUAGAUCCGAUGCAGUACAUCCAAAAUUUACCAGAAUUUAACGGAAAAGGUGAGGAACUUUAUUCUUUUGUAGAAUUAGUGGACAAUAUUUGUCCUUUAAUAUUAAGAUAUGAUCGUAGUAGUCAAAAAAUUUUAUUAAAUAAAGUUAAAAGUAGAGUUAUAUAUAGUGCUAGAGAAGUGUUAGAAAUUAAUAAUAAUACUCAAAGUUGGUCGGAAAUGAAAUCUGUCUUGAUCAAUAAUUUUAGAGAUAGUAAAACUGCUUUGCAAAUUUAUGAUGAACUAAGAGCAGUCAGUUUUGCUACUCAUAGUGUAGACUUGUUCAAUGAAAUUAAAAAGGUAUUGAGGCGACUCAAUAAUAAAGUAAAAACUGAUCCUAACUCAGUUUUUACAACCGCCAUAAAUAUCGAAACAGCUUUGAAAAUUUUCAAAGACAAGUUACCAGAACCAAUGCGUUUCAUUUUAUAUUGCAGAAAUCCGGCUACAAUAGAAGAAGCAAUGCAUAUUUUGCAUGAAUGCAAUUAUGCAUAUUAG